CUUUAAGAUGAAAAAUCGGAUGGAACGACUUGUGGUUCUUCCUUUCACCGCCGGGUGUGUCUCUUCCUCCAGUGUAUCUGUUAGCGUACAACAUGGAAGACGACCAAAGGAAGACAUCAACUCAGCUCACAUGGUGUGUAGGUCAAGGGAAGUGCCCAAAAAUUCAAAAGACACAUCAAGUGACCACAUGAUGAAGGGCUCAUCUAGUUCUAGGUUCCCAACACCAUCGAUACCAAAUAUAUACAUUGGGUUUCACAGGCUUACCAGAACCAUCAAAAAUCUGUCUCAGUCCCUUGUGUUCAAGGAGGAGAUGGAGGAACUGGAAAUGGAGAUGGAUAUUGGCCUUCCAACGGAUGUAAAACAUGUGACACACAUAGGGUUCGAUGGAUCGAUGAACCCCGGUGCCAACGGUUGCAACCACUUGGACAUCUCAGAUUUUCUUUCGCUAUGCCCUAACUCCAUGGCUCAGUACGAGCAACGUGCUAUGUUUGUACCAGUAGAUGCAACUCAUGAUUCUCAAAAUACAUCAUACCUCCCCUCGCUUUCCUCUAUUCACAAUCUGCAUCGAACACCGCCACCAUCGUUACCUCGCCUUCCGUCUUCCGUCGGCGCUGCUACCGCAUCGAAUCACCACUUUCUCCUCCGUUCACUACAGUACCGUGCUCCAAAGUUUGAAGCCCUAGUUUUCCCAAUUGAAGCUUCAAUUAGGGACGACAUCCUCCUCUACCUACUUUUCCGGUUCUCGACUCCAUUCUCGACUCCAUUGCAAUAUCAGUCUAUAGUUGAUGCAGAGUGGAAUAUCAUUUAUGAUAAGUUGGAUAAAUGUGUGAAGACUGGUGCCAAGAUUGUACUUUCUCGUCUUGCUAUUGGUGAUCUGGCUACACAGUAUUUUUGCAGACAGAGAUAUCUUAUGUGCUGGAACCGAAGAAACAACAAUUGAAUAUGGGAGUUGCUGAUGCAAGCCCAAGCAACAGCAACCCAACAGGAGUCCAGCACAGGCCCAAGAGAACCACCCGAAAACCUGCUAGAUUAAUGGACUAAAGUAGUACAUGUGAAGAAGUCUUGGCUGAUUGAGUCUUUCCUUAGUUUCAGCUGUAGUGGCAGGAUAUUAGGCCACGUUUAGAUGCAUGCAUAAGAAAAUUGCUCCAUCCUCUGUUUCUUUCUUGGGAGAUUCGCCUUCUCUAACAGGCUGCUAUCAGUUGCACAAAAAAGUAAUGGCAUGGAGGAGGCAACACUUGAGAUUGGAAUGGAAUAUAGAACUGUCUCUGGAGUUGCUGGACCUCUGGUCAUCCUUGAUAAAGUGAAGGGACCAAAGUAUCAAGAAAUUGUGAAUAUCCGCUUAGGAGAUGGAUCAACUAGACGUGGUCAAGUCUUGGAAGUUGAUGGAGAAAAGGCUGUUGUUCAGGUUUUUGAAGGAACAUCUGGAAUUGACAAUAAAUUCACCACUGUUCAGUUCAACUGGGGAGGUUUUGAAAACUCCUGUUUCCAUGGAUAUUUAAUGGCUCUGGGAAACCAAUUGAUAUUUCUGUUAAUGACACCAACCCAUACAAUGUAUUUAGACCAAGGGAGAAAGCUCACAGACUUCAUACAAGAAGGAUGCAAAGAAGAGAAAACAAUGUCCAAUCAUUUGAAAAGCUUCGCCAGGUGCUUUUUGACCCAUAUAUGUUCUCAUCCUACUUCUUAAUCUUACAUUUUAUUUGUCAAUCCAAAAACUUACUAGAAGCUUUAAUCAAGAAAGAGGAGAAAAAGAGAAAUGUUUUACCUUUUGAGAAUCAUCGUUCACAGAAGAACCUCAUCCCUUUCAGCUUUCAGCAUUCAACUCUGUGUGUGUGGUUUGGUUGAACACAAGUUUACCCUUGGAAGCAAUUGAAUUUACUUUUAAUCCACAUUGAUCUUUAUAUGUUUGUUUUUUGAAAUAUUGGAUAAAAUAUAUGGAUUUUGUUUUUUAAAAAUGACAUUUAAUUUUCAUAUUAUAAUUGUGAAGAUU